AUGCUGACAGUCAAUGUGUUCAACGUGACCAUUAGCACACUCUCGGUCUUUGGUCUUUGGCUACAAGGUACACACAAGGAGGAUCUCCCAAAGCUUCCGACUAAUUUAACAGAUACCCAUCGCGGUUUAUGUUCAUGUCCCACCGACCACCUUUACGAUAUAAGGAUAUGUCCUACUGAUAAAAAAUGUUUGAAUGCCACAGAGCGUGUUAUUUAUCACGUGACACCAAAUGGACGUUGUAUAGCUAUUAUAAACUGUCUUCACCCUUACGUCACAAGAAUGCAAUAUAGCGAUGGUCAUUUCUGGGACAUUGAUGUUCCUAAUGAAACCUUCAAGUAUUAUGGCGUGUGCAAAAAUGGUGAAUGGUUUGAUACUUCAAGACGCCUUCUUCACGUGGUCUGCUAUAAUAAGGUCGGAUAAAAACUUGGCAUUUUGAGUUCAACAUUUUGAGCAAUAAUAAACUUC